AUGUACAGUUGCAGUGAAGAUCCCAAAUAUGAGGAGAAAAAGACAGAAAACAGAGACAUGCCGGAAGACAAUGUCAGUGAUCUUGCCUGUUUAAAGACUGUUGUGUGGACAGCCCCCCCUGCAGAGGACCUGCCUGCAACAGUCCAGUCUGGACAGUAUCAUGACCCACUUGGAUAUCAGUGUCCGGCUCAGCCUUUCCACUAUCAGAUGCCCUACCCAGACUACCUCAUUUAUCCACAGUGUCAGCAGUUUACCCUUCACAACAGCUCAAUCAUUGGUGCUGGGGGCAGCGGACAAUCAAGCACGACUUCCUGGUUUAUUACUGAGCCCAUUCUAUGCAGCAUGAUGCCAGGGGAGGCGCGCCCUUCGGAGGACAAUAUUUGUGUGGAUUUUACAAUGGAGCAUCCACGCUUUGAGGAACGCUCUUUAAACAGCAACCAACUUACACAUCCUAUGUUGUACAAUGGAAAUCAAAAUGGACAAAUUUUAUCCAUGAACUCUGAGCCAGGGCCAGUGUUUGUUCCAAUGGUUGGAAACAAUUCCUUCUGUCAGGAGGAAGUGGUUACUACUCUUCCCUUUGACUGUGGUGCUGAUCCUGAUCUUGAAUUGCUGUAUGCUGGACAAAAUGCAAGCAAUAACUGCAGCGAUUUCCUUGUUGUGAGCGAUUAUAAUCAGGUAGCAUGUCCCUCAGGUUCUAGUGAGCCAGCAGCUAAUAGUCACCGUCAAGCUUCUGUAUCUCAAUACUGCGAGUGCUUUGCUUCUGGAGCCAUGUGUAACAGUUGUAACUGCACCAACUGCCACAAUAACCCAGAACAUGAAGCCAAGCGAAGAAAAGCUAUAAAGUCCUGUCUUGCCCGUAACUCAGAUGCCUUCAAACCUAAAAUAUCCGGUGGAAAUUCAGGAGAUGUAAAAGCCUGGCACAGCAGAGGAUGCAACUGUAAGCGCUCUGGCUGUCUGAAGAACUACUGCGAGUGCUACGAGGCCAAUAUCCGGUGCACCCACAGCUGUAAAUGCGUUGGUUGCAGAAACUAUGAUCCAGACCUGGCAGACAGUGAAAAUUACAAGGGCAGUGGGUCAGCGUCUGUGAUUACCCCCGCAGUGAUGGAGGCUGUGGUGGGGUACUUACUGGCCCGCGCUAGAGAGGCUGAGCAGGAGCAGCGCUGUGAGGCCUGGGCACAGCAUGUGGUCCUCAGCGAGUUUGGACAAUGUCUCACACAAAUAGUCAAAGCUAUGUUCAAAGUCCCCACACAGUGA